AAUAAGUAUGUAAUUGGAGAUAUUAACGUCUAGUUAGAUAUCCAAUUCGUAUCGAAGUUUAACCGAUAAUUUAUGAAGUGCGGAAUGACGCAAUUGCCGUUCUGUCACAGAAUCGUGAGAACCUAAAUUAACCGUUCUCGUCGGCGUAUCUGAGAGAUAGUUGCACAAUCCCACGAUUCGGUUGUGCUCUGUCUUAAUUUCCGUUACCUAAGGCGUUUGAUUUUUAAUCUUCUUCCCAUGGCGUGUUUUCUUUACCAGUUUGUUCUCACUUUUUUUCUGGUUUAAAUCUUUCUCCAGAUUUCAGAUAUCUUGCGGUUAACGUCUUUGAGCCGUGUCGGAGCGUUUUCUCCGGCCCAUUAUAAAACGCGGCACGGCCGAUUCGGAGGCAAUGAUCGGCUGCGGACUGGACGGGAUGAACACCUUCAACAUUUUGCUCGUCCUUUUUGCGACGGUAUAUGGAGCUACUUCAUCUUCGACUCGAACCUACAAGAGGCUCGCCAAGGGCGAAGUGGAAAGCAGCCCAGAAGAAGACAGCAAAGGGGAAGAGACGGAAUUCGCCGAAUCGGACAAUUUCGGCGGGUUCGACGACGGCGGAGGAGGAGGAAGAUACUUUAUGUACCAGCACGUACCGCAAAAGGACCACUACGAAUUCGGUUUCAAGAGGGGAAACGAUCACCACCACAAAGAAAGGCACGAAAAAGCACAUCCGCACGCGGGACAUUUUAAAACAAAGGUGAAAUGGGGAGACAUUCACGGAGGCCACGGAGAACAUUACUGGGACUACAACCACCACGGAAACGAUGAAGGAGAAGCUGAUGAGGCCAGUGAAACCGUUCUUGACUACGACAAAAUGGAAGAAGGUCGAAAAAAGAGGGACGAGCGCACGAAAGGACCCGUCCUCAUGUACAAUCCUGAAACUGGGACUGUGAAGGACGAAACGACCGGGAAGAUCUACGCCCUAUACGAGCUUUAAAACCCAAACUAUUUACAUCUAUUGUUAUCAUUAGCCGAUAAAUUAUAUAUAUUUGUUUAAAUUU